AUUUGCUCUUGGAUCAUCUCCUAUUGAUAUUCACUAUCAAGGAUUCCAUUCAAUCUCGGUUUAUGAUUUCUUUAAAUCGACCGAAAAUGAGAACAACACAGAAUUACCCACUCUUCGAUUCCACACAUCCAGAAGAUUAGGACCACCUCUGCUUUGGAUGGAGUAUAAAACUUGCAUGGUUGACAAUUGUUUGUAUGUGGCUGGGGGAAACAGAUAUACAUCAUUAGUUACAAAUGAAGUAUACGUUUACAAGCCUGUCCCGGCCAUUUGGACAAAGUGCUGCAGUAUGUAUGUUCCAAGAAAAGAUUUUUAUUUUGGUGAACUGGAUGGACAUCUAUAUGCUGUUUCGGGCCGCACGUUUAUAACACGGACACCUACAGUUGAGAAAUACAUUCCUCAAAAGAAUAGGUGGGCCAUGCUGGCGCCUCUGCCAGUUGACAGUUCCAGACCGGCAGGUUGUGCGUGCAACGGCCUACUGUAUUUGAGUGGCGGAUUGACCGAGUCUGGUACUUCAAACCGGGUAUGGCGGUACAAUCCUGACUUAAACAAUUGGACCGAGAUGGCUCGAAUGCUGUCUAGUCGAGCAGAGCACAUUAUGACCUGCAUAGGCAACAAAGUCUUUGCAAUUGGCGGGUCAAUUUGUGAAUAUCAGUUUUUCGCUUGGAAUGAUGUUAUGUCAGGAGAGAUAUACGAUUGUGAAGCCAAUCAGUGGACGAACUUGCUGACAUUGAAGAUGUCUGUCCUCAACAAAGCCUUCUUCACAUCUGACAACUGUAUCUACAUCAUAGGACAAGAAUUAAAUUUUCGCCAUCACUUUUUUAACACCUUCGUCCAGAAAAUUAACUUGAGGAUGUAUUUGGAUAAGAUAACUGCAUCCGGAAAUCAUGACAGCAACACUAACGAUGCUGCCAGCAACGCUGCUGGCAACAAUAACAAUGAUGAUGGGUGCCAAGUUUUCCGUUGCGAAGUCAACAAUCGGCUCGAUUAUUGUUUUUUCGGCAUCGUGAAUAGUUCAAAAUUAGCUUCAGAAUAAUUUGUUUUUUUACGUGUUUGUUAAUUUUUUAUUUUUUUCAUUAUUUCAUUUGUUUACUUGUCUAAUUUUUUAUUUUUUUGGUUAUUUAUUUAUUUAUAACUUGGUCUAACCAUUUUAUACUACGUUAAAAAUCUUUCUUUUCAAUACGCAUUUCAAUUUUUUAUUAACUCAUUUUUUCCAAUUUCAUUAUAAUUAUUUAUUGAAAAAUGUUGUACAGAUUAUUUUUAUACAUUUCUAUAAUUUUUUUCAAAUAUCCAAUAAUGAUCAUAUCAUGAGAUGAUAAACUACAAAGACGUUGAUUUCUUUGACGAUAAAUGUCUUAUAUCAUAUUA